AUGGCGUUCUCUAAGAUUCUUCCAGUGGAGAUCGCAUUAGAUAUUUUCAGUAGAGUACCAAGUGAAUCAGUUCUUGAUUCCAAAUUAGUAUGCACCAGUUGGAAUAAUCUUCUUCGUCAUCCAUCAUUUUCUCGGAUGCACCUAAAACAUCUUAUUCACCCUUCUAAUUCUUCUUCUCAUUCUGGUAAGUUGGGUUUCCUUGCUUUGACGUUUUGGAAUAAUAUUUUUUUAUAUAUUGAAUAUAAGGAGAAUCAUGAUCAUUCAACACCCAUUGAGAGAAUUACACAGAUUUAUUUCACCCCUCCAUUUACGAGUGCUGAGUUUCUUGGAUCGUGUAAUGGAUUGAUCCUUCUUGCUAGAUACUCAUAUAAAGAACCGGCACCUCUUUGUAUUUGUAACCCAUUCACUAAAGAACAUGUUUUGCUUACUGAAAUUAAGAGAGAUGAGGAUACUGAAGAUGACAAGAAUAGCCAUUGGACAAGCGGAUUUGGUUACGUUGCUUCUACAGAUGAAUACAAAGUUGUAAGAAUAAUGUUGAAGACCGAGUUUUUUAGUGUCUACAUAUACACUGUAGGCAGUGGCGUCGGUUGGAGAAACCUUGGAAGGUUUAAUCUGGGAUGCAGCGUAUAUUUGUAUGAACAAGCAGGUAUCUUUUCCGAUGGAGCUCUUCAUUGGCUGGACGUCGAAUCGCAAAUGAUUGUUACCUUCAAUUUGGGGGAAGAAAAGUUUUCUGAACUUCUGCCACCACCUCCUUUGCCACCCAUCAUUAAUUCGCAUUGUAACAGAAUUGGGGUUGUGGAUGGGUUUCUGUAUUUUGCUAUGUAUCUAAUUGUCGAAGAAUCCGAAUAUUAUGACGUAUGGCUAUUACAUAAGAAGAAUGGUAAUUCUGACAUGAAAGAGCGAGAGGAACCACGGUCAUUUGCUUGGCGUAAAGAGUUUAGGGUUGAGGAAAACGAAGUAUUGGCUGUUACGAAGAGUAAUGGUGUUUUAACUUGCAAUUAUAAUUAUCUCCAUUUUUAUUAUACAAAAGCUUCGAUCUGGAAAAGGCUGAUCGACUAUAAAGAAAAUUUUAGCAGAGUAUUUCCUCAUAAAAACACAUUAGUUUCCUUGAAAGAAUUAGGAGAAGAAGAUACGAAGAUAAUGGAGUCAGUUGAAGUUAAGGAGACAGGAAGCCAUGAUCCGAGUUUCAACCAGCUGCAGGAGGAUUAG